GAGAGAGAGAGAGAGAGAGAGCAUGUCCCACAAUUUUUCUGUAUUAUUUUAGCUGUAAUCUUUUUUGGGUGGAUUGUAUCCUGUCCUGGACUUCCUCAUCUAGUGCUUGUUUCUUGUUGUUUUCAUUUCAUCUGACUGCCUCUGAACCAAUACUGCCUUUCUCAUUCUUCCUUGUUUCCGGAUUGCCCCUAUGAUCUGCUUCUUCACAAAUUGAUUGCCCAUUUCUGGUCUUUUUUCCCCAUCUUUCUGGGUUCUUUUAUUGCUUUUUCUCAAAGAUUGAACAAUUUGGGCUCAUCCAAAUCCCUCAUGGAAGACCCAGAAAUGGGUGUUCCCCAUUUGUUCAGAUGCCCAAUUAGCCUAGGCUUGUUCACUGACCCGGUCACUCUGUGCACAGGCCAGACCUAUGACCGGCCAAGCAUAGAGAAGUGGCUCGCUGCUGGUAACCUCACCUGCCCAGUCACAAUGCAGAGGCUCCACGACCCGUCCGUUGUUCCGAACCACACUCUCCGGCAUUUGAUCGAGCAGUGGCUCCGAUUGGGUUGCGUAGCCGGCCCUGAUCAUUUCGAGACAAUUGAUCCUGACCGUUGCCUCAUCGCCUUGAGACGCAGCCUUGAGUCGCCUGAGUCCACCUUAGCCAACAAGAUUCACGCGCUUGGCAGAGUUCGCGUUUUGUCUGCGGAAUCUCCCAUGAAAUGUGCUGCUUUUCUCCGGUUGGGAUUCUUGCCGAUGUUGUUGGAGCUAAUUUUCGGGAACGCGGAAUCAAGAGCGCCUUCCGCUAUGAGUCCUGAUCAUGUGCAUCUUGUGGACCAAGCUCUAUCUUGUAUAUUGAAACUGUUGGACCUUGGUGAGCUUCAGUGUCUGAAUAUGCUCAAAGAACAGUCGAAAUUGGCAUCAUUCCUAGCACUAUUCGAGCAUGGAGCAGUCACAACCAAGAUUAGUUUGUGUCGACUUGUCGAGAAAAUGUCAUCGUCUUUCGAGACCAAAGAGCUCCUCACUAAGCUCGGCCAUAGAUUCCAACUCUUGCGUGGGAUCAUCCUCCUCCUCCAUCAAGAUCCCGAGGUCUCCGAGGCGGCAAUCAAGGCCAUAAGGUCUCUAUGCUCUCUGGAAUCAAUCCGAGAAAUCUUGCUGCGAGAAGGCCUAAUUGAUGGACUCCUCGCAUACAUUUUACGUGCCAAGACACAAGAGAGAGCAUCAUCAGCGCCGUUGGCGAUGCGAUUGCUCGAGCAGCUUCUACGAAUUGAGAAGGCAAAAGAGGCAAUUCUUGAUGACCCACAGGGCAUAACGAGUGCUCUGGUCAAGACGUUGUUCAGAGUAUCGGAUCAUGAAGACAGUGAGAGUGCAGUGAACUCACUCAUCCUCUUGUGCUAUGAUUCAUCAGAGGCAAGAGAAGCGGCACUAAAAGCAGGAGCUCUGACUCAGGUGUUGCUGCUUCUACAGAGCCAGUGUGGUGAUACGACCAAGAUGAAGGCAAGGAUGCUCCUCAAGCUGCUUAGAUCAUCCAAACGGACUACGAACAAAAAUCAUGCAGAGUACCAUACAAUAUGCAAUAAGUAAUUAGUUUUUUAAUCUCAAUUUUGUGUUUCCGACUACCAAUUUGAUUAACUAGUUUUCUUGAUCAUGCUA